UCAGCAAUUGAUCGCAGAACCGCCUCAAUAACCUUUUGAGGUAUCCACAAUGUUCUCGCGAGCUCUCCGCCAGUCGAGCCGCCUCGCGGCGGUGUCUGCCCGGGCCCAGAUUACCUCUGCCCGCGCAACGGCACCUCUCUACAACAGCGCUGUCCGCAGCUAUGCCUCCGACGCGAAGGCCUCGCCGACCGAGGUGUCCUCCAUCCUCGAGCAGAGGAUCCGUGGUGUUCAGGAGGAGGCCGGUCUCGCCGAGACCGGACGUGUUCUCUCCGUCGGUGACGGUAUUGCGCGUGUCCACGGCAUGAACAACGUCCAGGCUGAGGAGCUCGUCGAGUUCGCCUCCGGUGUCAAGGGCAUGUGCAUGAACUUGGAAGCCGGCCAGGUCGGUGUUGUGCUCUUCGGUUCUGAUCGAUUGGUCAAGGAGGGCGAGACCGUCAAGCGUACGGGAGAGAUUGUCGACGUUCCCGUCGGCGAGGCUCUUCUCGGCCGUGUCGUCGAUGCCCUCGGUAACCCCAUCGAUGGAAAGGGCCCCAUCAAGUCCACCGAGAAGCGCCGUGCUCAGCUCAAGGCCCCCGGUAUUCUCCCCCGUCAGUCCGUCAACCAGCCCGUACAGACUGGUCUCAAGUCCGUCGACGCCAUGGUGCCCAUCGGACGUGGACAGCGUGAGCUUAUCAUCGGUGACCGUCAAACCGGAAAGACCGCUGUCGCUCUCGACACCAUGCUGAACCAGAAGCGAUGGAACAACACCAACGACGAGACCAAGAAGCUUUACUGCGUCUACGUCGCCGUCGGUCAGAAGCGUUCCACCGUUGCUCAGCUUGUCAAGACCCUUGAGGAGAACGAUGCCAUGAAGUACUCCAUCAUCGUUGCCGCCACUGCCUCCGAGGCUGCUCCCCUGCAGUACAUCGCACCAUUCACUGGAUGCUCCAUGGGCGAAUGGUUCCGUGACAACGGCAAGCACGCCUUGAUCAUCUACGACGAUCUGUCCAAGCAGGCCGUUGCAUACCGUCAAAUGUCCCUCCUGCUCCGUCGUCCUCCUGGGCGUGAGGCUUACCCCGGUGACGUUUUCUACCUCCACUCUCGUCUUCUCGAGCGUGCUGCCAAGAUGAACGACAAGCUUGGUGGUGGUUCCCUCACUGCCCUGCCCAUCAUUGAGACCCAGGGUGGUGAUGUGUCCGCUUACAUUCCCACCAACGUCAUUUCCAUCACCGACGGCCAGAUCUUCUUGGAGGCCGAGCUCUUCUACAAGGGUGUCCGUCCCGCCAUUAACGUCGGUCUUUCCGUCUCCCGUGUCGGUUCCGCUGCCCAGCUCAAGGCCAUGAAGCAAGUUGCCGGUUCGCUCAAGCUUUUCUUGGCUCAGUACCGUGAGGUCGCUGCCUUCGCCCAGUUCGGUUCUGAUUUGGAUGCUGCCACCAAGCAGACUCUCAACCGUGGUGAGCGUCUGACUGAGCUCCUCAAGCAGAAGCAGUACUCUCCCAUGGCCGUUAACGAGAUGGUUCCUUUGAUCUACUCCGGUGUCAACGGUAUCCUCGACAGCGUGCCCGUCAACAAGAUCCUCCAGUGGGAGUCUGACUUCCUUGCCCACCUCCGAUCCAACGAGUCUGAGCUUCUUGCCCAGAUCGACCGGGAAGGUGCCCUCAGCAAGGAGCUUGAGGCCAAGCUCAAGGACGUUGCCACAAGCUUCACCAAGUCUUUCACAUAAAGGAAGGCCUAAGGAGUGGGUACUCUCUUCCGGGAUUUAGCGGGGAAAAAUGUGCUGAUCGGUUUCUGAGAUUAGAUGUAUAAUAGAAGAUGCGUCCUCGCCAUCAGCUGUCUCAAUAGGAAAUCUUUUUUGAAAUGGUCAGAUGGCGUCUCCGAAACAUCAAAAUACCUUUUGCUCCUCUAGUACCACCAUUUUCUUUGUUCCGAGCGAGUGCGUUCGAACUGUAUCUAGCAAUCUCAGUUUCUCUGUUCAAUCCGUUUCCUGCAGCGUAGAAUAUGUGGUCUUCGGCCGUCAAGACCCAACCCCAUCCGGCAAUCGUCGCCGUUGCCUGAAAGUGAGCGGCCGAAGACGUCCAGCCGGUACUUUGUUGAAUCCGUACAUUGCGUCACACCGGAUGGAAUAUGUCGAGGCGCUGGC